UGACUGGUGUGAUUCAACCACACACUUACCAGUAUCCUCUUUAAUUCUUAAAACCACCCUGGAGGUAGGAGUUAUCAUCCCCAUCUUUCAGAUGAGGAAACUGAGGAAUCAGCUUGCCCAGGGUCAGGCAAUCAGGUUUGAACUUGUAUCUCUCAGGCCUCCAUGACUCAACCACUGAAGGAGGACAAGCUGAGAGAGACCAGGGCCCUAGGAAGGUGACUGCAGAUAGUCUCCGAGGGCGGGGCUGUGGCUUCUCUGAUCUCAGGCCCUUCUCCACCCCUGGCCCCGCCUCCACCCCUCCCAGCACUGCCUGAAAGUGAGGGGUGAGAGCUUCUCCUAGGACACCCCUUGCCCCUAGGGAAAGAAUCCUGUCCCCCACCCCCAGGCUCGCCCCAGGGGAGGACCCUCCCCUCCUCCCUCAUCAGCACGUCCCCAGGCGAGGGGAGUGCCCGCACUUGCAGCUCCCCCUCCAGGCCCGAGGGCCCACUGGCCCCGGAGCGGUCUAGCUGAGAUGACGGUCAAGCUGGAUUUUGAGGAGUGUCUUAAGGACUCACCCCGCUUCCGAGCCUCUGUCGAGCUGGUGGAAGCCGAAGUGUCAGAAUUGGAGACCCGGCUGGAAAAGCUCCUCAAACUGGGGAAUGGCCUCCUGGAAAGUGGGCGGAACUACCUUGCUGCCAGCCGGGCCUUCAUUGUGGGCAUUUGUGAUCUCGCCCACCUGGGACCACCAGAGCCCAUGAUGGCGGAGUGUCUGGACAAAUUUACUCAGAGCCUGAGCCACAAGCUGGACAGCCAUGCUGAGCUUCUUGACGCCACCCAGCAAACACUGCAGCGGCAAAUUCAGACCUUGGUCAAGGAAGGUCUCCGGAGCUUCCGAGAGGCUGGCCGGGAUUUCUGGCGGGGGGCCGAGAGCCUGGAGGCUGCUCUUACCCACAAUGCAGAGGUUCCCAGGCGCCGGGCCCAGGAGGCAGAAGAGGCUGGAGCUGCUUUGAAGGUUGCUCGAGCUGGGUACCGGGGCCGGGCCCUGGACUAUGCCCUGCAGAUCAAUGUGAUUGAGGACAAGAGGAAGUUUGACAUCAUGGAGUUUGUGCUGCGUUUGGUGGAGGCCCAGGCUACCCACUUCCAGCAGGGCCACGAAGAGCUGAGCCAGCUGGCCCAAUAUCGUAAGGAGCUGAGUGGCCAGUUACACCAGCUGGUCCUGAAUUCAGCCCGCGAGAAGAGGGACAUGGAGCAGAGACAUGUGCUGCUAAAACAGAAGGAGCUGGGUGGGGAGGAGCCAGAGCCAAGCCUAAGGGAGGGGCCUGGUGGCUUGGUCAUGGAAGGACAUCUCUUCAAAAGGGCCAGCAAUGCAUUUAAGACCUGGAGCAGACGCUGGUUCACUAUUCAGAGCAACCAGCUGGUCUAUCAGAAGAGGUACAAGGACCCUGUGACCGUGGUGGUGGAUGACCUUCGUCUCUGCACAGUGAAGCUCUGUCCUGACUCAGAAAGACGGUUCUGCUUUGAGGUCGUGUCCCCCAGCAAGUCCUGCCUCCUGCAGGCUGACUCAGAGCGCCUCAUGCAGCUGUGGGUCAGCGCCGUCCAGAGCAGCAUCGCCACAGCCUUCAGCCAGGCUCGCCUUGAUGACAGCCCCCGGGGUCUAGGCCAGGGCUCGGGACACCCGGCCAUAAGCUCUGCUGCCACCCUGGGCCCUGGCGGGUUGACCAGGGGAAGGGAGCCUAGUGGAGUGGGACAUGUGGCAGCCCAGGUGCAGAGCGUGGACGGCAAUGCCCAGUGCUGUGACUGCCGGGAGCCCGCCCCCGAGUGGGCCAGCAUCAACCUUGGCGUCACCCUCUGCAUUCAGUGCUCUGGCAUUCACAGGAGCCUUGGAGUUCAUUUCUCCAAAGUCCGGUCUCUGACCCUUGACUCAUGGGAGCCAGAACUCGUGAAGCUCAUGUGUGAGCUGGGAAAUGUCGUCAUAAACCAGAUCUAUGAAGCCCGAGUGGAGGCCAUGGCUGUGAAGAAGCCAGGACCCCGCUGCUCCCGGCAAGAGAAGGAGGCCUGGAUUCAUGCUAAAUACGUGGAGAAGAAGUUCCUGACCAAGUUUCCCGAGAUUCGAGGGCGAAGAGGUGGCCGGGGGCCCCCCAGGGGACAUCCUCCUGUGCCCCCAAAGCCGGGGCGUAUCAGGCCCAAGCCGGGGAGCUUCAGCUCUAAGCCAGAGCCCCCCUCUGAGGACCUGGAGAGCCUGCACCCCGGGGCCCUGCUCUUUCGAGCUGCUGGGCACCCUCCAUCCCUUCCUACCAUGGCUGACGCCCUUGCCCAUGGAGCCGACGUCAACUGGGUCAACGGGGGUCAGGAGAAUGCCACACCACUGAUCCAGGCCACAGCUGCUAAUUCUCUUCUGGCCUGUGAGUUUCUCCUCCAGAACGGGGCAAACGUGAACCAAGUGGACAACCAAGGCCGGGGCCCGCUCCACCACGCGACCAUUCUUGGCCACACGGGGCUGGCCUGCCUGUUUCUGAAACGGGGGGCCGAUCUGGGAGUUCGAGACUCUGAAGGCAGAGACCCCCUGACCAUCGCCGUGGAAACAGCCAACGCUGACAUCGUCACUCUGCUACGAUUGGCAAAAAUGCGGGAGGCCGACGCGGCCCAGGGCCAGGCUGGAGACGAGACAUAUCUUGACAUCUUCCGUGAUUUCUCCCUCAUGGCAUCCGACGACCCGGAGAAGCUGAGCCGGCGUAGUCAUGACCUCCACACGCUUUGAUCCCAGGCCUUCAAGGGCUCGCAC